GGAGCGCUCGACCCGGCUCUGUCUCUGCUGCACUCUGACUAGGAUGUAGGCACCAUCCGCGGGGAAGUCAAGAGCGCCUUCACACUGCGAUGUGAGAAGAGACACUGCAAUGUUCUCCACGGAGGAGACGCACCGGAGCAAGAAGGAGCAGGAAGCAGGAGCGCAGAGGAGGCAGCGGACCGCCGGCAGGUCCUGACGGCUGCUCCCGCUGACCUGAGGCAGCCAGCCCCACACACACUCACUCACACCCCGCUCCCACAACAACCGCUCUUCGUCCACGUCCCUGUGGUGAGGCAACAAUGGCGAGCCAGGGUGACUGCUGCGUGAAGGUGGCGCUGAGGAUACGUCCUCAGAUGGCCAAGGAGAAGAUCGAAGGCUGCCACGUGUGCACGCUGGUCACACCAGGAGAACCACAAGUGUUGCUGGGGAAAGACAAGGCUUUCACCUACGACUUCGUGUUUGACAUUGACUCGGAGCAGCAGAGUAUUUACCAGGCCUGUGUGCACAAGCUCAUCGAGGGAUGUUUCGAGGGCUACAACGCCACGGUGUUCGCCUAUGGCCAGACGGGGUCUGGGAAGACGUACACCAUGGGGACAGGUUUUGAUGUAAGUCUCAGCCCGAUGGAGCAGGGAAUCAUCCCAAGAGCCGUGCACCAGUUAUUCGAAGGGAUCCAGAGUCGAAGGAUGCAGGCCCAAGAGGCGGGCACUCAGCCCCCGGAGUUUAAAGUCAGCGCUCAGUUCCUGGAGCUGUAUAAUGAGGAGAUCCUGGAUCUGUUCGAUGGAGCCAGAGAUCCAGAGAGCCGAAGCAGGAAGUCCAACAUUAAGAUCCAUGAAGAUGGCAGCGGCAGCAUCUACACCACAGGAGUCACAUCCAGGCUGGUCCACUCGGAGGACGAGCUUCUGCAGUGUUUGAAGCUGGGCGCCCUCUCUCGCACCACGGCCAGCACCCAGAUGAACGCACAGAGCUCCCGCUCACACGCCAUCUUCACCAUCCAUCUCUGUCAGAUGAGAGUCUGCCAGCAGCCAGAGAUGAAUGGAUCGGGAGAGAAUGGCGAGUUGAACGGUGUCGACAGCAGUUCGAUCGCCCAGCCAGAGUACGAGGCUUUGAUGGCCAAGUUCCACUUUGUGGACCUUGCUGGCUCGGAGAGACUCAAACGCACCGGAGCCACAGGAGAGCGAGCUCGGGAGGGAAUCUCCAUUAACUGUGGACUUCUGGCCCUCGGAAAUGUCAUCAGUGCUUUGGGGGAUCAGACCAAGAAGGGAGGACACGUCCCCUACCGAGACUCAAAACUCACCAGGCUGCUUCAGGACUCACUGGGGGGAAACAGCCGCACAGUCAUGAUCGCCUGCGUCAGUCCUUCAGACCGGGACUUCAUGGAGACUUUAAAUACCUUGAAGUAUGCCAACCGUGCCCGGAACAUCAAGAACAAGGUGGUGGUGAACCAGGACAAGACCAGUCAGCAGAUCAGUGCCCUGCGAGCCGAGAUCGCCCGACUUCAGCUGGAGCUGAUGGAGUAUAAGGCUGGUAAGCGCGUGGCGUGUGAGGACGGCUCAGAGGGCUACAGCGACCUGUACCAAGAAAAUGCCAUGCUGCAAAGAGAGAGCGACACACUUCGUCUGAGGGUGAAAGCCAUGCAAGAGACCAUCGACCACCUCAACUCUAGAGUGACACAUCUGCUAGCCAACGAAGUCAGCACCCUGCUGGCCAAGUCUAGUGAAGGCAACGAGGAGAUUGGAGGCCUGAUCCAAAAUUACAUCCGAGAAGUUGAAGAGCUGAGGUCCAAGCUACUGGAGAGUGAGGCCAUGAAUGAAUCUCUGAGGCGUCAAGCUGCUCGCCUUUCCUCCCGCUCUCAGUUCCCCUCGUCCAGUAUGAGCCCCGCCCCUGGUCACCCGCCCGGCUCCUCCCCUGCAUCCUUAUCCAUGGAGGCUGAGAUGACGGAUGUUUUACGUCGGGCCAAGCUAGACAUUGAGCGACUGAAGAAGAAGGAGAGGAGGCAGCGGAGGAUGAGCCCAGAGUUGGAGAAAGGUUUUAAGAAAAGAGUGAAGCUGCACAACCACGAGAAUGGACAGAACGGGGAGAUCGACUCGGACGAUAACUACGCAGAGGACAUCAUGUCUCCGCUGCAGGAGGAAAGCGGCUGCGAGGAGGAUGAAGAGGAAGAAGGCCGAGAGGAAGAGGAGGAGUUUGAUAGCGAUGAAAGCCUGGUGGACUCAGACUCAGACUCUGAUGAGAAAGCCAACCUUCAGGCAGAUUUGGCCGAUCUCACCUGUGAAAUCGAGAUCAAGCAGAAGUUAAUAGACGAGCUGGAGAACAGCCAAAGAAGACUGCUGAUGCUGAAGCUCCAGUACGAGGAGAAGCUCAUCCUGCUGCAGAACAAGAUCAGAGACACUCAGCUGGAGCGAGACCGAGUGCUGCAGAACCUCAUGUCCAUGGAGAACUACACAGAGGAGAAGGCGAACAGAGUCAAGCAGGAGUACGAGAAGCGUCUAAAGGAAAUGAAUCGUGACUUGCAAAAGCUUCAAGCAGCGCAGAAGGAGCACGCACGGCUCCUGAAGAACCAGGGGAGGUAUGAGCGGGAGCUGAAGAAGCUCCAGUCGGAGGUCAACGAGAUGAAAAAAGCCAAGGUGACUCUGAUGAAGCAGAUGAAGGAGGAGCAGCAGAGAAGGAGGAUGGUGGAAGCCAAGAGGACCCGAGAAAUCGCUCAGCUCAAGAAAGAGCAGCGACGACAAGAGUACCAAAUUCGCGCACUGGAGUCUCAGAAGCGCCAGCAGGAGAUGGUUCUGCGCCGGAAGACCCAGGAGGUGACCGCUCUGCGCAGGCUGGCCAAACCCAUGUCGGACCGCGUGGCCGGACGUGUCGCCCGCUGGAACCAAGUGGCGUCUGUGUCAGACUCAGGGGCGGAGUUGUCAGCCAGCACCACAGCUAGCAGCUCUGAACCGGAGAAUGGAAGGACUGUGAGCGGAUUAGUGCGGCAGUGGAACAACAAGAACAGCGGCUAUGGAUACCUAGCUGAGAGCGAGGGCAGCAUGGAUGGGACCCGAGUCAUUGGAAGCAGGAAAAAAUUGCAGCGAAAGCCAGCGGGCCUCGGCAUCAACACCCCAGCGAGUAGGACCAGCAGCUUUUCCAAAUCCGCUCGCCAGAAGUGGCAAACUCUAGAACGUCGCGUCAUGGACAUCGUCAUGCAGAGAAUGACCAUUUCCAACGUAGAAGCAGACAUGGAUCGUCUCAUCAAGAAGCGCGAGGAGCUAACAGCCCAGCAGGAGGCGCUCUCACAUAAGCGGGAGGUACUAAUGGCAGAUGGGGAGGGUCCGGAGGCAGAGGACCGUCUGCUUCUGGAGAUAAAUGAGGAGAUUGAGGUGCUGAAUGCCAAUAUAGAUUAUAUAAACGACAGCCUGUCGGACUGUCAGGCAACCAUCGUCCAGAUAGAGGAGACGAAGGAUGAGUUAGACUCGGUGGAUACGUCAGUGGUGAUCAGCUCCUGUUCGCUGGCUGAAGCGCGCCAUCUGCUGGAUCACUUCCUGAAAGCGUCUAUUGAUAAGAGCUUGCUGGUCGUUCAGAGAGAAGCGCAGAUUCGGCUGCUGGAGGGCCAGCUGAGGCAGACCGAUGUGAUUGGUUCCUCCCAAAAUCACAUGAUCCUCGACGCUUUACGGGAAAAGGCGGAGUACAUCCCCGAGCUGCAGGCACUGAUCCAUAACGCCCAGCAGGAGAACGGUUACGUGAGCACAGACGAGGAGCCGUCUGAGUUCAGCCAAGCUUCAGACUGCAGUGUUUCCCAAAUGAAAGAAUCCAACAGCCAAGAUGAUUUCAAAAUGAAGUUGGAACCUCGUCUGUCGGCUCAGAUGAAAGCCGUGUCAGCAGAGUGUCUGGGACCCCCGCUGGACCCCUCAUCAAGCAGCAAACACCAGCACAUCACUAAGUCACUAGCCUCGCUAACAGACAUCCAGGAGGAUGGACUGAGCCUCGUGCCAGGGAGCUUUGGCCUCAGCCUGUCCCCCAGAGAGCCUUUCCAAAAGGAACGCGCGUUCCGUACCAUCAGUCUGCCAGUCCGAGGUCACACCUUUCCCAGACAGUCCCGGGGUUACGACACCUCACCCCUGACAAGAAGGAAAUCUUAUGACAGAUCGUUCAGGCCCGCGGACAGCUUCACCCCGCCCUCCUCGCCUCCUCUGAGGACCAGAAACGAUCGGAACGUCUUCUCCAGACUCACUAGCAACCAAACCCAAGGCUCAGCUCUGGACAAGUCGGAUGACAGCGACUCCUCGCUCUCCGAGGUGCUCAGGGGUGUGAUCAAUCCCAUCGGAGGAGUGAAGGGAGGGCGGACAGCGCCACUGCAGUGUCUGUCCGUGGCCGAGGGCCACUCCAAACCGGUUCUGUGUGUGGACGCCACGGACGAGCUGCUGUUCACUGGAUCAAAAGAUCGGACGUGCAAAAUGUGGAACUUGGUAACCGGACAGGAGAUCGCUACACUGAAGGGCCACCCAAACAACGUUGUGUCCGUCAAAUACUGCCCCUCCUCCGGGCUGGUCUUCUCCGUCUCCACCUCCUACAUUAAAGUGUGGGACAUCAGGGAUUCAGCCAAGUGUGUCCGCACGCUCUCCUCCUCGGGUCAGGUGGUGUCAGGUGACGCGUGCGCCGGCACCACGACGCGCACCAUCACUUUUGCUCAGGGCGAGUGUCAGAUCAACCAGAUCUCGCUCAACCCUUCAGGUUCUGUCUUGUAUGCAGCCGCUGGAAACACCGUUCGCAUCUGGGACCUGAACAGGAUGCAGGCUCUGGGGAAACUGACUGGCCAUAUUGGUUCUGUCAUGUGUCUGACCGUGGGCCAGUCUGUGCUGGGCAAAGAUCAAGUCAUCACUGGAUCCAAGGAUCAUUAUGUCAAGGUGUUUGAUGUAACAGAAGGAACUCUGGGUAAUAUCGGCCCAGCUCACAACUUUGAGCCUCCUCACUACGACGGCAUCGAGUGUUUAGCUGUGCACAGAGACGUGCUGUUCAGUGGCUCCCGAGACAACGGAAUCAAAAAAUGGGAUCUGGAGCAGCAGGAGCUCACGCAGCAAAUCCCAAACGCACACAAGGACUGGGUCUGUGCUCUGGCCUACGUACCGGGGCGCCCCAUGUUGCUGAGCGCCUGCCGGGGUGGCAUGCUGAAGGUGUGGAAUGUGGACAACUUCACUCCCAUCGGAGAGGUCAAAGGUCACGACAGCCCUAUCAACGCCAUAUGCACCAACUCCCGGCAGAUUUUCACCGCAUCCAGUGACUGCAGGGUGAAGUUGUGGACUUAUGUUCCGGGCUUGACCCCUUGUCUUCCUCGCCGGGUCCUGGCCAUCAAGGGCCGUGCCACCAGCCUCCCAUGACCAUCUCCCUCCCUUCCUCUGUGACAAGACGGUGAAGAUCUGGCUGUCAAAAGUCGGGAGGAAGAGGUGACAACAGACAUGAUAGUGUUGGAAGCAUGGGAGGCGGCCGCUUCCAACACGGAGACGUGAGGCCACAACCUCCAUGGCGAUGAGACGUGAAAGCUGGUUCAAAUAGGUGUGGCGCUGCUGCGUGAAAAUCAUUUCUCACCCGGACACGAAAUCUUCUGCCACUUUUCAGACCUUUACAUUUCAGCUAGUUUCGGAGAACGGCUCUUUCCCUCAUGUGAUGCCAGAUGGUGUUUUUAUUUAUUGUUUCUUGUCUCUACCUCACUUGCCUCCGACUGCAACAUCAUGUGGGCGGGAACAUCUUGUGAGUGUCUCUGUCGACAAGGUGCUUGAUAUGUCUACGUCCUCUGUGGGGUUUAUUUGGCAGUCGCACCAUCUGGCUACUGACCGUGAAGCACAAACUACUGCAGUGUUGGUCCUCAAGUACAACAACAUGAGCCAGUCAGUAACUUCAGCGAGGCCAUAUUGUUACUUACCUGCCGCUUUCCCUGAUCUUUUAAGGUGAGCAAGUGUGUCAGAGCCUGGUGGAAGGUUCACCUCCUUCCCAGCUCCACAACUUCUGUGUGAAGCCAAUUUAAGUAACAGCUGCAGUGCAGGCGAACCGACUCGGGUGAAAGUAGGUCACAACGUGGAGGAGGUUCUCAUUAAAGUCCUGAUUCUUUCUUCCAUAUACUAUUUGCUGCUACACUUAACGACAGGAAGCCACUUCCUUUACCCUUGCACUGAUGUAGAAAAAAAACAAAAACCUUCAGACUGUGUCACACGACACACAUGCACUUUUUAUUCAUUCACCCUGUCGCUCCCAGUGUCCUUUGAGUGCAUCGAUUUGGACUUUUUAAUGAAGCAGUUCCAGCACUCAACGCGGCUACGCGACUGAAAUAUCCAAAUUGACUCUGCCUCCAUCUUUGGCUUCAGCUUCAGACGCCAAACUCGACUAACUUUUCAUCAUUGUAAAUACUGUACUUCCAUAAAGUACUGUGAGUUUAAAGGUAAGCGCAUGUAUAAGUAUCUUGGGGUCUUGGAGGUGAGGUGAAAGAUGGUCUGUGGGACAGACGGAUCGAAGCCACAUCCUCAGUCUUGAGGUUUUCUGCUGUCAUGGUGAGGGAAACAAGAAGCAGGUGGAUUGCUACUCUGAAGGAGCAGGAUUAUAGAUACAUGCUGUGUGGUGGCUGAGAAAGGAAGCAGCUUGGUUCAGUCUCAUGGAUGAGAUAUUGUGAGGCCGCGGGGCAAACCCAGAACAUGCUGAGGGAGGUACAUCUCAAAGCUGCCCUGGGAAUUCCCCAGAAGAUGGAGGAGGUUUCAGGAGGAUGGGUGGAUGAGCACCAAAGUACCGCUCAGAACCAGAUCUGAAUGAAUUAUCUGGAUCGCCCAGUGUCUGCUGAAGAUUUCUUUUGUUUUGUUUUCUAACAUAUUUUAUUUUAGUAAUUUACUUAAAAUCUCAGGUUCAAUUCAAAGAAAUCACUUGUAGCCCUUGGAAGCAACUGGAUGCCUUGUUUAUUAUGCUAAAAUCGGUACGAUCAGUGUAAUAUAACGCCUUUUCCUAUGUCUUCUGUCUCCAUAGAUUCCUUGCUUAUUUUUUCUGUAUAAAUUCUGCGUUAAUAUUUUUACAAUCUGCGCUCAAAGAUCUUCCACAUCAGUGCACAUUUGUGUUUUUUUUUUUUUUUAAAGAACUUGUACAUGUUGUGUAGGAAGUGUUUAUAACGGUACGAGAAUUCCCUUCGUAGCUGUUAGGAUUGUACAUUUUGACACGAGGUCGCGCUCCGCUUGUACAUUAAUUGUGCUUUAUUCAAAUGUGCCAGUUAACCCAUGUGACCCCUCUGCCGUUUUCGCCUUUUUGUUGUGAGCGAAAACAUGACUGUGAAGCUUCAGGCGGAAUCAGAGCUGGUGGUUUCUGGUACCAUCCGUCUGAGAGGGCACUGGGUUUAUGGAAAUAGCUUUAGAAUUCGGCAGCGUUUCAUGAAGUUAUUUUAUAAGUAACGCUGGCUGCAGUUAUUCAUAAUGAUGUGGAUAACAUUAUGACCAGCUGCCUGGCAAUGUGUUGGUCCUUCUGCCUCCGAAACCAGAGCUGUGUUGCAGGUCUGCAGUGGUCGGUAUCUGCUGUAAACGGCUUCAUCCACCUGAGCAGUAUAGAAGAUGAUCCAAGAUAGCCUCAGGUGACCUUGGAACACCUGGGUAUAUUCCCCCAGAAAAGCUUUCUGUGGAGCUUUCUUAGACGCUGCUGGUCAUUGUCCAAUUGUCAAGCUUUGCUCCAAUCUGUGCUUAAACAUUGCACUUGAAGGUCAUGCAGAGUCGCGCUACACUGUAGUUUUUGACCUGACAAAUAUAAAAUGAUCCUUCGACAGCAUUCGCUCUGUCUUUGUUAUGGGACAGACUAGAGAGGGUGCACUCCAUGGUCUUCCACGUCACAGUCUGCAUAGUUUUUUCAGUUGAAUCAUGUCCAAGAUACCUGGGCCGACAGGAGGUCAUGUAGUUUGACUAUUAUACUCAGUAGAUAAUAAGUAUAUGGAUCUUUGCUGUAGUUCUUUAAGCAAUAAGAGUAGCAUUUAAACUUGACAGAAAUGAAAAAACACAUCAAGAAAGAACUGUCAUAGAUGCAGUGACUGUCAUCGAGUCGUCGACUCAUUUCAUUCUCUUGUAAAUUCCAAAAAUAAUUGCAUGACUCGGCUGAUUUCGGACGCGCAAUAACCAAACAGAAGGACGCGUUUGAUUCCGAUUCUUCAAAUAGCUGCCAGGCAUUUUUCAAAUCUCACCCGUCCCGCCUCCGGCCAUUGGUGCGGGCCGACUUUUAAUUGAAUCUCGACUGAUUAUUGUGUGCGAGUGCUUGAGUUUGUAUGUGUGUCGGGAGCUGAUAUUGAUAGGACUGAUACUCUCAAGUCAGCUUCGCCCAACAUUUCAGAGGAGGUGUUCGCGCCUAUAACUGCGAUCCCAUCUGCCGGGAGUCACUUGGCUUUUGUUGGUUUUUGUAUAUGUACAAAAUGUAGUUGAAAUGUGCUGAUGCAGGGUCAAAGGUCAUGUGUGCCUUCUAUUGCACAGACUACUUAAGUGUAAAUACAUGUACAUACUUUCAUAUGAGAAGAGUGCAUGUGGCCCCGCCUGUAUUAUAUUGUUUCUAUGUAAAUAAUGUAAGUCAUAUUUAAUGAUGGAGGAAUAAAUUCAACAUG